GACUGGAUCUGCCGACUGACGUGGAGCUGUUGCAGGCCAUCGCCAAUGCCACAUACAUCCCACUCAACGCUAUGGAGGUGGUGCCGAGGUUUUACCACCCAUGGUGGCGUCGCGGCGACGUCACCAUCUCCAAAGAGGCGGAGUACCGUCUCGUGUUGGUGGGAUUUACGAGGAAGAGGGACGCGCAGACGGCACGGACGGCAGCCGCCAUAGGGAAAAUUCCGCAUGUGCGUCUUCCCGUGCCAACGCCCCGCUCCGGCGGCCUGUCAGAGGCGCAUAAGAUAAUCAUUGGCACGGUGGUGGGGUUCGUGGGGCUUCUGCUCGUUGCCAUCGGCGUCGCCGCGUCCUGUCGCAUUCGCCACAAGUCAAACGCCGACAUGGAGCUUACCGACUUUACGCGUGUCGGGAGGCACGACGAGGCCCUCAUUGACUUGAACUACAACCUGGCGAAGGUGUCGGCCCCAACAAAGCUAACAAAGCCGGCGGUGCCACUCAAGCAGCAGUACUAA